UUUUCAUCUGAGAAGUGAGAAACCUUCUUUCAGAAAGAUCAAAACAGAUUUCUCGGUAGGCCUUCUCUUUUCCUCUUUCUCUCGUGCAUUCUCCGCCGCCGGCACCUCCACUCCGGCCAGCCACUCCCUUCCCGUCCCGUUCCUUUCUUGCCGUCAAAAACAGAUAUGGUUAUCCCACCUCCAGUCAGGCCUCCCAGGCUUACACAAUAUCUCAAACCUUAUGUUCUGAAGAUGCAUUUCACAAAUAAGUAUGUGAGUGCGCAAGUGAUCCACACUCCAACUGCUACUGUAGCCUCUUCUGCAAGCUCACAGGAGAAAGCUUUAAGAUCAAGCUUGGAAACUACUCGGGAUGUUGCUGCAGCUGCAAAGAUUGGGAAGCUACUAGCGGAACGCCUUUCGCUCAAGGACAUUCCUGCUGUUUCUGUUCACUUGAAGAGAGAACAGAGGUAUCAUGGAAAGGUAAAAGCGGUUAUUGAUUCUCUCAGGGAAGCUGGUGUUAGGUUGCUUUGAAUCAUGAUGUCUGCGUGUUUUGUUGUACAUGAGAGAUCAUCCUUGUUGAACCCUGUCUUCUGCGAAUGAGUGAUCAAAGGUUUUGUAUUAUUUUUGUAGGAAAUAAGAACGGUAAUUAAACUGAGCUGCUCAUGUUUAAUUUUUUAUCAUCAGACCAUCAAGUUGCUCAUCAAACAUAUUUCACUAAGAUUCAAUUUAAUAACGUUAAGUCGAUAUUAGAUGAUUGUUGUUUUGGUUUCGUGGCAUCCCUCUACCUCUGAGGUUAAAACGCUGUUUUAUGGCAAGCGUCAGAGUGGUUUGCAGAGUUGCAAAUUGGUAAGGUAAAAAUGGAGUUUGACUGCCACCAACUAGUGUAUUGUGUUUGGAGAUAAUGUUUAUUUGAAUGAAUUUGGAUCUAUCAUCCAUAAGUGUGGAUCUAAUCCUACUGUUCAACAAUAAAUUUGGGUUAA